GUAUUUUUAUUCUCUGGAAAGAGGUCUUAAAGCGAGUCAAAAGUCAACAGCGAGAAGUAAAAAGUAGUGAGAGGAGGAGGAAGGAAGGAAGUAUAUCUACAGGGAAAGUCUUUCUGCAAAUCUCCCGGGGGACUUAUGGCAAGAGUCGUGGAGUCUGACACGGUUCCUGGAGGUUCCGAUGUACAACAGCUAAGUCUUGACUCGAUCAGGGAAUCGUUGAUCAGGCAAGAAGACACCAUCGUCUUCAGCUUGAUCGAGAGAGCUAAGUUUCCACUCAAUUCACCUGCUUUCGAGGACUCCUCCUCUCUGACUGAGUUCUUUGUCAGAGAAAUCGAAACCAUCCAAGCUAAGGUAGGAAGAUACGAAAAUCCAGAAGAGAAUCCUUUCUUCCUUGAUACCAUUCCGCACUCUGUUUUUCCUACCCACAAAUAUCCACAGGUUCUGCACCCUAAGGCUUCAUCUGUUAACAUAAACAAACGGCUUUGGGAUGUUUACUUUAAAGAACUGCUUCCUUUGUUUGUUAAACCUGGUGAUGAUGGUAACUACGCAUCAACUGCUGCUUCUGAUCUCGCUUGUUUACAUGCUCUUUCGAGAAGGAUUCACUAUGGUAAGUUUGUUGCUGAGAUCAAAUUCAGAGAUUCUCCUCAUGACUAUGAGCCUGCUAUUCGCUCUAAGGAUACGGAGGCAUUGAUGAAGCUUUUGACGUUCGAGAAAGUAGAAGAAAUGGUUAAGAAGAGAGUCGAGAAGAAAGCAGAAACGUUUGGACAGGAGGUGAAGUGCGUCUCUGGUGGUGACGAGAGUGAGAAGAAGAAGUAUAAAGUGGAUCCAUAUCUAGUCUCUCGCAUCUAUGGAGAAUGGCUUAUCCCUCUUACUAAAGACGUCGAGGUUGAGUAUCUUCUACGUCGUCUCGACUGAAUCUCGAGACAUCAUUAAACAAGAUGAUGAGUCCAUUGUCUUUUCCACAAACCUCUUGCAAGAUUUGUUUUUUCAUUACAGACUUAUAAUCAAUCAAACACAUUGAAGCUUGUCCAAUAUGAAUAAACCAAACCGAUUUGAUCAAAACUGAAUAAUUUUAGAUUGGGCUUUAAUUGGGCCUUAGAUCGAAGCUAAUAGUGGGCUUAUUUAUAUUGUCAGGAUAAGACAGAAUAAUUGCACGAGCAGUCAUCAGUCAUCACUAUCUUUUAAGGAUAAAAAAGGACAGGUUGUCAGUGUGUCUUUGUCGGAAAAAGGUUAAUUUAUGUUUUUGAUGAUUAUCAAUAAGAACCCUUCAAACGCUCGCCCACUCAACUCUCGUGUCCUCUGUCUCUUGCUCAUAAUCUAGGGUUCUUCAGCUUCCCCACUCCGAUCCGUUUCUUCUUGGUUAAUCAAAUCUCAGGU